AUGCUUUGGACAUCUGAAAUAUUAUCAAAUGGAGUGCGGCUUUCCAUGACAAGUGCUGAUGGUGAAGAAGGGUAUCCUGGAGAGCUGAAAGUCUGGGUGACUUACAGUCUCGAUGGAGCAGUACUGGCAAUUAAUUACAAGGCCCAAACAACCAAGACUACCCCAGUAAACCUGACCAACCAUUCCUAUUUCAAUCUAGCAGGACACGGAUGUCCUAAUAUCUAUGACCAUGAGGUUUCUAUAGAAGCAGAGAACUACCUGCCUGUUGAUAAGACAUCAAUUCCAACUGGAGAGAUUGCCUCGGUGGAGAACACGAAUUUUGACUUGAGGAACCCAGUAGUUCUUGGAGACCAUAUUGCAAAUAAGUUAGCUGGAGGCUUUGACCACAACUUCUGUUUAAAUUUCUCAAAACAACGAUCUCCUUGUGCAAGGGUUUACCACCGGCCAAGUGGCAGGCUGCUGGAGAUCGAGACCACCCAGCCAGGAGUUCAGUUCUACACUGCCAAUUUCCUGGAUGGGAGUCUGAAGGGCAAAGAAGGGGCCAUAUACCCCAAGCAUUCAGCUUUUUGUUUGGAAACUCAGAAUUGGCCUGAUGCUGUUAACAAGGCAAAUUUCCCAGAUGCAUUGCUGAGACCAGGCGAGGAAUAUGACCACACAACAUGGUUUAAGUUCUCUGUACUUGAACAGCUGUGAUGUGAGCAGUUGUGUUUCGGUUGUCAUACUUUAAUCAAAACGCUUGAUUUUUUUUUUAAAUUAAAAAAUAAUAAAAUCACACUAUGUGGUGGUGGGAUGUUGGUUAGGAAUAACAUUAAUACUAAUUCUUAGUGAUGAAAAUUAAAUCAUGUGCAGUAUUUACCCAUUGUGCCCAUACAUUGAACAGUGCAUAGCAAGAAUGAGCAUUUAUCUUAAUUUAGAAUAUUUCCCAAAAUCUAGAGAGGUCUUAAAUUACAUAUCAGCUCAGAUUCAGUUUAUUUGGAAAGGCAGGAACAGAUUAGAAAAUUGGAUAUUUGAUACUAGCUAAACCCUUAGCAAUUGUCAACUUGCCCAUAAUAAAAUAAUUUUCCAAAAAUUGCACUUCCCAUGGAACUAAAACAAAUGAGUAAAAUGUAUCUGAACACUUAACCUCUGUAACUUAGUACUUUUGAUAAAAAUAAAAUUUGUAUAAAUUGGAAA